UUGAUUGCAUCUGUCUGGGGGAACUAAGAGAAGCAACAUUUUCAGAUUCAGCCUACAUGCCCAGAAUGUGUGGCCCACAAGGGCUGCAGGUGAUCACCCUGGGCUGGACCCCUCUCUAAGGAGAAGGGUCUCUAAGAAAUCACCGGCGAAGACAAGGCAGAGAGAACCAGCUGUGAAUUUCUGCCACUGCUCUGAGAAGAUGUCUGCCAAGAGCUAGGUCCACUGGCUCCAACGAAUCCUACUGGCUUCACCUGUCACCUGGGACUCUCCUCUGGGACAGUAUGGUAGCCAGUAGCAUUGCUCCUUUGUGGCUGAGAAUGAUCUACAUUACCAUGGAGAUCUUCAUCGGCUUCUUUGCCACCGUGGGUAACGUGCUGGUCAUUUGGGUGGUCAAGCUGAACCCCAGUCUACAGACCACCACCUUCUAUUUCAUUGUGUCUCUCGCCCUGGCUGACAUUGCAGUCGGACUGCUGGUCAUACCUGUGGCCAUUGUGGUCAGCCUGGGAAUUGAAAUGUUCUUCUACAGCUGUCUGCUCAUGACCUCCGUGCUGCUGAGCUUCACCCAUGCCUCUAUCAUGUCCUUGCUGGCCAUUGCCAUUGACCGCUACUUGCGGGUCAAGCUCACCAUCAGUUCCAGGAUUCCUGAGAUAACUCGGGUCUUCCAAUCUUUCCAGUGGAAGGUCCCCUUCAUUCGCCUCAUGGGGCUCUUCAUUCUGCUCUCCUUGGCUCUCUUUUCAGAUGCCAUGGUCAUGGAUGAGAAGGUCAAAGCAAGCUUUGUGCUGGAUACAGCUUCAGCUGUCUGUAAUUAUGAUGCCCAGUAUAAAGACCACACUAAAUACUGGUGCCGGGGUUAUUUCCGGGACUACUGCACCAUCAUUGCCUUCACCCCCAACAGCACCAAUCGUGUGGCCCUGACGGACACAGGAAGCCAACUCAUUGUCACAGUGUCCUGCCUGACCAAGGAGGACAUGGGCUGGUACUGGUGUGGCAUCCAGAGAGAUUUUGCCAGGGAUGACAUGGAUUUUACUGAGUUGAUUGUGAAUGACAACACAGAAGACGAGGCCAAUGACUUCUGGUCUGGGAAAGACCCAUCCAUCCAAAGGAACAGAAGUUGCAGGGCUUCCAAAAUUGUCCACAAGGCAGAUCAUUCCAGAAUGUCCAUUCUUAUCAUUUGCAUACUGAUGACUGGUUUGGGAAUCAUCUCUAUCAUCAGUCAUUUGUCCAAAAGAAGGAGAACUCAAAGGAAUAGACGAGUGGUUACAGGUAAAGUCCUCAGUAGAAGCUCCCAGAUCAACCAAGCUUCUGUGAUUCCCACGCCUCUGCUUCUCCCUCAAAUUCAAUACUGGAAGCCAAUGCUCUGAAGACUGUGUGAGUAAUCCUUGUCUUAACCUCAAGUACUGGGGUUACAGGUAUAUGCCAUCACAUCAGAUGAGAGCUUAUUUUGUUAGAAUAUUUUGAGCUUCAUUCUUUUUUAAUGACUACAUUGUACUCCAUAAGCCAAUCCCUAUCACCUGACAUUGAGAGAUCCUCAAGUCUUUUGCGAUUAUAGAUAAUUGGGCAUGAUGGGUAAAUGUGUGA